ACGGCCUUGUGCUGAAGAAACAAGAUACACAGCUGCGAACGAAGCGAUGGUCGCUUAGCUAGCCCGGGUGCAGGAUUUUUCGCAAGACAAGGACGGGCAUAGGGCUGGUAAGAAAAAGGCGGCCGGGAAUCUUCCAAUGUCGCAGGCUUGGCAGACGCUACUUGGGAUGGAUUGCAUAUGAUGCCACUCGUGCACCCUCACCACUACUGACAAUCGCGCUGAUCGACCAUAGAGGACACGCUCACACCGACCUCUUUUCUUUCCCUUGUCUGCUUAUUGAUCACGCCAGGGCAUUGUACGCUUGCCAAUUAGCUCCCGUGAUUGGAACACCGACAGCUGCCCGGCCGGUGCGCUGUGCAGCCUCCGCCGUACACCUCUGCACCACUCUGUUUACCGUGUCUUGCCUGCGACGACGUUGGGUUGUGGUCGCAGUCUAGGCUCCACGCCCUCGCCCAACGGGCCGGCAACGUCAUUCUUGGGAUAUAUUUGUACAUCAAAGACCCUUUGGUACCGAGUGGCUCGACCGAGGACCCCUCCGCGGACUGCGAACAUCACAUUUCUGCGCAUCGAAAAUCUGCGUCGGCCAGAACUACCGCUCCACCAGCGCCAACAACAAGGCGCACAGGGCCGAGGUGAACAGAGAAAUACGCGAACUGCGUGGUCGCGCAGUCGCAACUCCCAACAGCAAAGCGAGCUUGACUUCCUCCGCCCGCUAGCCGUUGCGGCACAGUCAAGCAGCUCUUCCGGCUUUCUGGUCAAACGGACAAACAAGAACCCACCCGAACACGACACAACCAUAUACACGUCACGGCCAUGAAUCGCCCGCUGGCGACGCGCAAGCGGGGUGCACCGGAUGCAUCGCCGCUCUCUCAGCAGCAAAACUUCAGCAGCAUCCCGUUCACGCCGGCAAUGGACCAGACCUCGUUUGACCCCAACUUUCCCGACUGGGGCAACGCGAACAGCAUGGGUGGAUUGGGCAAUGGCUUCCUGAACGAGGCCAAAGGUCUGGACAGUGGCACGUUCGAUGCUGCAGGUUUUGGAGGAGCGCCAAUCCUUGCAGACAGCCAGCUGGUCAGGAGAGCGCCCGGCCAGCAGGUCGUCUCGAGAAACCAGAACAGCUGGCAGGAUACGGGGGGCACGUCCAGCUUUUCAAACUUCGAACAGGCUGAUGACGAGGAGGAUCUCGAGCAGAGGGCUUUGGCCGCGAAGAAGGAGGCACUGGCGAAGCGGAAGCAGAUCCCGCCCUUCGUUCAAAAACUUAGCAGUUUUUUGGACGACAAUCACAACACCGACUUGAUUCGAUGGUCAGACAGCGGCGACUCCUUCAUCGUGCUGGACGAGGACGAGUUUGCGCGCAAGCUGAUCCCGGAACUGUUCAAGCACAACAACUACGCCUCGUUCGUUCGACAGCUGAACAUGUAUGGCUUCCACAAGAAGGUCGGCCUGUCCGACAACUCGAUGAAAGCAAGCGAGAACAAGAGGAAGACUCCGAGCGAGUAUUACAACAAGUACUUCAAGCGCGGCCGGCCGGAGCUACUGUGGCUCAUUCAGAAGCCUAAAAACCCGCCGUCGUCGAAGAGGAAACGUGAGGACAAGAGUGGCGGCGACAGCGACGAGGAGCCCCGGACAACCCCGCUACCCAAUGCUUCCGGCCAGGCCAACACUGGCCCAGCUGGAGGCAACACCGAUGUGGCCGUGCUACCGCGGAGUGAGCUUAAUAAUAUCCGACAGGAGCUUGCGAACCUGCAGAAGAAUCAGAAGAUGAUCACCCAGGUCAUUCAGCAGAUGAAACAGCAGAACGAUCAAUUCUACAGGCAGGCAACCGCCUUUCAGGACAUGCACCAGCGUCACGAGAACUCCAUCAAUGCGAUUCUGACGUUCUUGGCCACGUUCUACAACCGGAGCCUUGAAGGGCAGAACAAUAUGCACGAGAUGUUCAACCAGUCCUUGCCCCAGGGCAGUGUUCAGCCUGGAAACAUUGUCGAUAUUGGCGACGUGCCGGAAGAGCUGCAGAUGCCGACGAGGCGGUCAAAGCAACCUCUUUUGCUGCCCGCACCUGAGGUCAAGUCCAAGAUGGGCACGCCGACGUCGCCAGCGACGGUCCAGUCGGCGCGGUCGACUUUGAGUCCGCAAUCGCGGAGCGCCUCUAUCCUCAGAAAUGUUCCCUCAUCGUCUGCCACGCCUGCACCAGGAAGUAACCCCACAGCGCCGUCGCCGCACAUCAAGAUGGAAUCAGAAUCGCCUGGCAUCAUCACCGACAAUCACGGUAUGAUGCAUGUUAUCAACGCCGCAAACUCAGCCAGUCCAAAACCCGGGGCCGGUCUAGACUUUGACUCGGCACUGCAUCACUUUCAGAACGCGGACGGCAACACUCCCCUCACACAGCAACAACGCAACGACAUGCUCUCGCUCAUGCAAGCUACCAUCGGCGGCACAGGCGGCGGAAAGAGUGCGCUUACGAACCCACAGACACCGCCUAUGCCGUCUCUUAACGACAUCACAGCCCAGAACGACCAGCUGGACUACCUUCAACGACUCACUCAGCAACAGGACGAGAGCGUUGAGAACCUUCGCGGACGCAUUCAUUCACUCUCUCCGACCGGGUACUUUGCUGGCUUGGACAACCCGAGCAACCCCCCACCAGACUUCAACCUCGACGAUUGGAUGCUGCCGCCUCCUGACACGGGCGACCUUUCCAAUUUGAAUUUCGACGACCUCAACAACGGAGAUGCGGACUUCGGCACUGCAGACGGCUUGCUCCCCAUCAAUGACGAAGACCCAGAGUUCGACGGUCAACACGGGUUCUUGUCGCCCGAGCAAGGAGGCAACAGCUUCCAGGGCGGCAAGGUCGAGUCAAUUAGCUCGAGGGCGACGACUGCAAGUCCAAAGGAGGCUUUAAAGGCCGACGGUGAGGUGAUUAAUAGCCCUAGGAAGAAGAGAAGAAAAACCUAGAUGGGCUGAUGGGAGACUAGUGACAAAACAGCCGCAAUUUUGAACUCUGCGCGAAGCUGUCACAGGACAUGAGUUACAAAAAAGUACGAUCAUGACUACGGAUACAAUGUUGGCUUAGAAUAUGACUACUAUAUCGAGGCGUUGAGCGGUCGGUCUGGCCGGCGAGAUGAAUAUGUUUUGACGAAUUGACCAUCGAGGGCGAAGAGAAGAUCGAAGAGAAAUCAUUACAAAAGUCUCGAGUUCGUUGUGACUGACAAAAAAAAAAGAGAGAAAUUAAUACUGGUCUCACACUUCAGGAGCCGAUCAUGCUACUCGAUCAUCACGACAUGUUAGAUACAUCUUCCAGAUGCAGUGACAGAUACCACCAAAAAAAUGGUUUUACUUUCUUCUUG